AUGCCGAUCAGCGCUGAACAAGAAGCACUUGAAGCGCAGAAGGAUGCGCUGGAAAUGCACAGGUACGCUGUCUGGGGCCUCAUACCGGAAAAUGCAUACAAAAGGGUCAAGAAGGUGAUGGAGGCUCUCCGGGAGGAAUUUGGCGGGCCGGAAGUCGAGCCACACAUCAGCAUAGUGGGAUCCUGCCUGGAUACGGAAGAUGAAGCCAUCAACAGAUUUACAGGAGCUUGUAUGCCACAUUUGAGCCUCUUAUAUGGGAGUUUGACAGAUGAAGAGAAAAAAAGAGCAAAAGAGAAAGUUCUUGCAAUGGAUCCGUCCAUAACUGAACUACAAUACGUCAUAAGUCGGGUGGCAUUGUACAGAGUUAACUUUGCAGAUCGAACUCAAAAAUCUUGGGUGAAGGUUCGUGAGGGCAACCUCAAAAUCAACUAA